AAAAGUAAAGUAAAUACUGUAGAUGAUGUGUCUUUAAUUGUUAAUCAUUCUACUACAAAUAGUUUUAAUAUUAGUCAGCGUUAUUUAAAUGGAGAUGGCUUUCAGAUAGUCUUCUAUAAAGACAAAAUUGAAGAUGAGUACAAAAACAUUACCAUAUUACCUCCUAUAAUUAAUACUCGGCCACUUUCAUUAAAAAGACAGGAGGAACUUUAUAAGGAAAUCGCUCCCUAUGUUGAUAUACCCUUUUAUGACAUUACUUGCUCUAAACCUAACGCUAAUGAAUCAGAAGAAAAUUAA